GAAAGAAAAGACACAGGAAGUGGGGAUCGUAAUAAUGGAGACAGGAAUUUGAAAAGGAAAAUGACACAUUAAAAUGUGUGGAAGCGGCAGUAACCAGCAGCAAGAUCAAGUAAAAGGACUUAUUCAACAUAAAAGUUAUACCAUUUAGAGACAAUUUCUUCGGACAACAACUGUAGCAAUAGGGAAGAGAGACACCAACAAAGCCGUAUGCUAGGCCUUUUCUCUUGCACGGCCCUCAGCCCCUCUGGUGUGAUGUUCCUGCAGAAGUCCACGCUGACCUCCUCCAAACUGGCCCCGUGAGCCACCACCCCGUCCAAGAUCCCGUCCGUGAUGCGGACGCAGUUUUCCAGUUGGAGGUGCCGCAGCUUCCUGCAGCUUUGCAGCAGGGAGAUGACAUCCUGAUCGGUGAUGUGACCGCAGCCAGCCAGCUUUAAGGAGAGAAGCUGCGGCGUCCUAGCACAUCACCUCUAUGUGGCCGCCUGGAGGAUACAUGCAUGCACAGACCUCAUUACUACGCCUCUGCAGGGCUGACAGGUUGUGCUUUCUCACUUUGAGAGGAUGUGCUUUUUCUUCAGUGACCAGUCAAAUGUAGCAACUGCCAUGUUAUUCGGUAAAAGAUGUCUCUCUGAAAAGAGCUCUUCAACCAGUCCUCAAUGUUGCACACCUUCAGGACCCUGCUGGAGUACCAGCAGACAGACAGGUAACGCAAAGAGGGCCCCAGCACAAAGUUGUCCCUCCUCAGCUGAGAGGGCGAGCUGAAGUGGAGCAGAUUCCAGAGGCGAGGAUCCAGGAAGACAUCCCGCAGCUGCUCGCAGGUAAGAGACAAACUCCUUCGGCUGUCCUUGUCCAGGAAGGAGAAAAGGUGCAGGAGACACUCGCGGUUGAGCUGGCUGAGAUGCAUGGCUUGUCGUCCUGAGACUGAUAGAGAGGCCUUGUCCCUGGUGCGCAGACAGGCCUGAUGGUAGGCAGCAACAAUGAGCCUGCAGCUUGUAUUGUGUGGCCUAGAUACAUGAUGCCUCCUCAGGCACAUGCUGGAGGCCUGCACAUAUAAGGCUGUGGAGUGGAGGCUAUUUUGGGAAGACAACUGCCAGUGCAAUCAAAGAGGGAAGUGUUUGAGCCACACGCUCCCUUUCCAUCUGUCGUUGCUCUCAACAGGCGGCCAACAGCCCACUGGGGUGAGGCAGAUGUUUACACUAUCCUGGCCUAGUUAUCUGGUACACCACAUGCACCGAUACCUCUCCACAAUGUCACACUUUGAAACCUUUCGCCUCCUCUUCAAUAAUGUUUUGGUUUCUAACAAUGCGGAAUGAUGUUGCUGUUAGUUUCAUAAAUUUUCAAUGAGUUCAAUGGAUGGUUCAUUAAGUAUUUACUUGGAAUGGUCAAUAUGAUCCGCCCCCAUAUAGGCAUUAAAAGUUGAUGUUGGGAUAUCAACACCAACUUCACAAAACUGCAACAAUGCUGCACAAUGUACUGUAGUUAAUACUGUACUACACUCCAGUUUACAAGCAGUGUAAUAACAGAGCUCCCAAAGAACUUGACCACCUCCAUUACAAUUGCAAGUGGGCUUAACAUUACACCCACCAGUCUUGCUCACGUUGUCUUUAAGGAAAUAGCUAAAAUUAAAAAAAACAUCACACAGCUACAUAAUGGGUAGAUAACAAUAGACAAGACACUGCCAAGGAAUAUUUUUAAAAAAUAACCAUCAAUUAUGUGAGCUCGAAACGUGUAAUUUAGCAGCUACAGUAUUUUCAACAACAGUGCAGCAAAGCACGCUGGGAAACAGGAAGCACUGUUGUAAAAAAAAAAAUUAACCUUCAAUACCGCCGCCAUAUUGGAUAUGGCAAGGCUCCAAGUAAAUGUCCUUAAUUUAAUUAUUAUGUAUUUGAAGACAUUACAAUAUUUUUCUUCAUGUCAUCAAAAUAAUACUCUGGAUAAGGUAGGCGCCUCAUUGUCAAAAUGAACAAUUAAGAGACCCUUCAUGAAAAAUGUAAACAAAAAGAACCUUGUCCAAAAGUGUUGGUACAUACUAAAAGUGUGAAGUGAUAUGAAUGUGAAAGGAAGAACAAUCUAUAUGAGAGCCAAUGGCUUCCAUCAAUUUACACUGUGCAGGAAGUACAGUAUUUUUACAAGUGUGACUGCAGAAAAGAGUAUGUUACAACCUGACCUACUUGUGUAAUCCAACAUACGCACUUCAAUGACAUAGCUUUAAAAGUUAAAAAGGUCCUCAGUGUGAGUGAAUGUCACAUGCUGGUUAAUCAGCACUUCCUCAAAGGUGAAUCGGCCACUCUGUGUGUUACACAAAUUGCUCAAUUGCAGAGGACAUACCAGUAGAGUGCAGUCAUAACCCCCCCGCUCCAACAAAACUACAUUGCCAGUCAUGUCCUGUUCUACUUGCUAUCUGUGAAAAUACACACACUCUGAGGACAUUGGGAAAUGCCAUUGCCGGGAAUACAUUCUGUACAGUGACUCACUGUGCCACCAUGUCCUUAACCAGGCUUGUGAGUGAACAAACACUAUGCAAUGUGAGCUCAUUAGAAGAGGUAAAGAUAUACACUAUAGCGUCAGAGAGCAAAAAAAACAUUUAAAAAGGAGCAAGUCCACGUGUGAGCAGGCAGGCCAGCAACUGCUAACAAGUACGCUUUAUCUUGAUUUAAGAAAAAAGGUGGACUGCCUCAUUUUUAGUGUGUUUCUGUGUGCAAGUGUGCAGGACAAACAAAGCUCAUCGGCGCGUUACAUGUUGCACUUGAACAUUAAAGGCAGCUUGCUAUUAUUUCAAGUAGCCAAUUCAAAGAAGGCUUGGACAUCUUACACAACAGAAUGAGCUUAAUUAGAAUUUCCAACAGAUCGGACCCAUUAUUGAUCAUAAGUAUGUACUUGUACCAAAUGACAGCCCACGAGAAUGCGCUUUCACAAGAUUUUAAUUAGCCUCUUUUAGGCUGUGCAAACUGUUUUCAGUAUCAGACAAUUUUCAGUUUUACAAUGUAUUUGACACGGCGACAGAAAAUAGAGAUUCUUACCAUGAUAUCUUUGUCAUUUACUAUGUUUACCUGCCAUGUGGUCAUGUCAUCAUUAAAAUUAGUUCUUGUGCAAUUCAGUUUAACAAUUUCGUUUGUGGCUAUGGUGAUGAAUGCAAUGGAGGAUAAUGACCAUUAUACAGAUUAAAUUUUCUGACAAAAAUAAUUUAAGAAAAAAAACAUUGAUUUUUCACUGUCAUAUUUUCAAAUUCUCCAGGUACAUAAAAAAUGUUUCAUUUAUUUUAUAUUAAAACAAUUUCAGAGAGCCUGAACGAACUUUUGAAUUGUAACGACUACAAUCUCCCACAUGACUACGAGGUUCCGGGUGGAGAAGAUACAAACAAGAAUGACACCAACAUAUUAUGAAAGCAAAUUUCUGACUAAAUGUCAUUGGUCAGUCUGGGCUGAACUUUGGACCGACCAAUGUUUUUCCAAGGCAAAAGGUUCUGACAUCAUUAUGUGAUAUCCUCACCUUUAGAUUUAGCAUCAAGUGACAUCAAAGAUGGUUCCUAAAAAGUGGAGUUACCAUGAAGAAUGACACCAGUCUAAUUCACUGCGUCAGAGUUGGAAUCUGCAGAGGUGUUGGUUGAUCCUGUUCCCUCAGCGUUUGAUCCCUGUGGUGUUAAAGUGUUUUGUAAUAGCGAGCUAUCUGGUCCUGACUGGACUGGUAAAAUACUCUCAGCAUCCAUUGGGUUUGCAUCCACCUCUGCAGGACUUGUGCCUGUCGGUGCUGUGGCCGUCCUCCCUAAUGCUACCUGCUCAGUCCUCUCCACAUAGAAGAGGAUGUAUGCCUUGGCCUUCCUCACCGUUUCCUCGCUGACCAGAGUGACUGUGCUGUCGUUGAAGUGGUACCAGCGCCCCUCGUGGCUGCUGUACGCCGUGUAAUGGCCCGAUCCCACCCUGCAAACACACGCACGUGCGAUCCGUGAUGCACUACAAUGGCCACCAGGUCAUACAAACAACUCUCCGAUUGCGAGCUCUCCUGCUGAAAAGACAAAAGGAAGACGAGGACCUUACACACUGGUGUCCCCUUGGCUGCGAGUGUGGUAUGUCCUCCUUCCAGCUGUCUGACCGCUGCGUAGCGCCACUGCUGGUAACCCCUUGAAAUAACAACUGAACUGCUCUAUGUUGCUGUGAAGGAAGCAAGGAGAUGCACCAGGAGGAAGGAGCACCGUUAGGCAGCUUGAAGGAGUCUCCAACAAAGUCCACAUUUGAGUUCAAAUGAGGACAUUCCAUGUUUUGUUCUCUCUCGAAAUGGACGCAAUAAAGUGAGAGGACUGGACGCCACAGCCCGGAUAAAAAGAAAAGUCAAGACGAUGACAGUAAUGAGGAUGGACGCAAUGAUGACAGCCAGCAAAACCCCGCAGAUGAUUGCUGUUGAAGAGGACGACCGUCAAGGCACAAUCAUUCAUUAAAACACAUACCUGACACAUAAUAAAGUCUACAUGAGGAGGGAGAGCUCCGCACUCACCAUGGACACCAGCACAGGUGGCAUUGCAGCUGUCAUGGUCAAAAAAUCGAUUUCCGUUUCCAUGGCAUCCGGUCCAGAGAAAUUUUUUACAUUUUUUAUGGACAGAGUCAUAGUAGUAUCUCAGAAAAUUGCCGUUACAUCCACCAGCGACUUUGGUCAAGAGACAAGUUGCGGUUGCUGCGAGGUAAACAAUAUGGCCAUCAUCAUCACCAGAGAAAGAGGACAGGGGUCACUGACAGUCUUGCCAUGAAUCAUUUUCACUUGCUACCACUAGGUGGCAAACUGUCUCCUCAAAUACUUCUCUAGUGUAGCUAAAUAAGGUCAUUAUAUUAGAAACAGCUCUCAGUACAAAGCACUGCAGUUCUACACUACUGUACUGCAAAAUGCACAUACAAAAAUAUAUAUAGUAGUUAAUUCAAUACCAAUUCUUGUAUAUGUUGGCUACUCUGAAUCCUUGUUUACAAAUGUGUUAUUUUUAUUAUUAUUUGAUUAUAAUUAUCUCACCAUCUGUGGGGUAGUAUUUGUCGACACUGGCCGAGCAGUUGGUCAUGCACUCUCGUUCUCUUAGGAAGCGAUUGGCGUUGCCCCCUUGGCCUUUGUAUAUAAAGGGGUUGCACCUGUCUUGUGUGGGUUCGUAGUGCAAAGCAAUGAUGAAGCUGUCUCCGACACCUUCGUCCUCGGCCAGGUGGCAAAAGUCUGUUGAAUGAUGAGAAGACAUUUCAUAUCCUGAUGUUUGCUGCACAUCAUUAUUAUAACACAACUGCCACACAUACUAAUGUCAUACAUACGGCCGAUAGCUAGAAAUGUUUGACUAACUUCAUCACCCACUCCCUCUUUUUAUGAUGGCAAUAAAAAGCACCAUCUACGCUACGUUUUUUUUAAAACUUCCUGCCCUCCAUAGUUUUUUUUUUUUACUAUCAAUCUUUUUUAACACUAAAAGGAAAAGUCACUCAAUCUUUGAUUCUUUGUAUAUCAUCCCAAGUUGAUAUUUAAGACGUCAGACAGAGUUUUUCAUUUGGGUUUUACGUUUGGCGGAGUCAUUCGAAAUGUGUAAAAAUAGUCACAGUUUUAGUAUAAUAACUACCACAUUUUCCAUUUGACUCAGCAUUGUUUAUGUCUACUGCUACAAGUCAAAGCAGGCAUUAAAUUAGCUGAAAUGGAACUUUGUGCUCUUGAAGUGAAUAAAAAGACCAAUUGAGGCACCGCACACUGAUAAGUUUAGCGCAAUGUAUCAUCAUUUCAGUUUGGGCGCCAUCUUGCACAAAAACGGCUGAGCAGGAAGUUCGAUUUUAUCUCACAAAAUUCAACACAAAUGCCUUUUUAUAAGUCAAUAAUACACAAACGUUAUACUCAAUGAAGCCCAUCUGCACAUAACUUUGCAUGUUUUGUACCUAGCAGCCAGAUCUUUGGAAAUGGCUUCACUUCAAUGGAUUAGAAAAUAAACGGACCCACCUGGUAUUUCUGAAUGGCCAAUGUGGAACGCAGCAAAGAUAACGACAAAAACUACUAAGGGCUUCAUCAUGCAGCUUGUCUCAGGAGUGUCUCUUGACCACUGAGGCAAAGUUGUAAACUACAGUGAGAGCAGGCUGUCAUUAUUGACCUUUGUACCCAUACUUCCCUUCCACCUUCAAUCGAAACAAACCUUAACGACAGGAGUAAACCCCUAUGUCCUUAAUGAUGGUUAGUCGCUUUGCCAACUAAUAAGAAACAAUAGUAGGCAAGAGGCAGAGGUAGGCCAUUUUAAAACCUGCUUUCCAGUAGGAAGAACUUAAGGUUUUCUGUUUUUUGGAAUUGUCCCCAGCUGACUUAGUGUGAGAGGUGGGGUAACCCGUUCAAUGAUUGCUAAUCAUGUACUGACACAUGCAGUUUUGAGUAAGCAAUUUAUUGCAAACAACUAUUAAAUUCAAAUAGCUGAUGAACUGAAGAAUUUGGUGGGGCAGUGUGGUGUAAUUUUGUCUAGCCUACCACUUUGCGCAGCCAAUUUGGUAAUUUGGUAGACUGGGCUGCGCCGAGAUGCCGGUUGCGGCGCACCAGGGAAGGGAUGCAGAUUUUCACAUUUUUGUGACAAAACAACACGCCAAAAGUGCCGCCAGCUCUGACGUGGUCUAUUCUUGGUGCAGGCGAAGGUAAAUUAAAAGUGGAAAAUUAGCUGACAGUGCACACACGUCACCUAAACCUCACAGACAGGUUUUUCAGAGUGUCAGGCACGUUUCAAUGCAACCAACGCCGCUGCACAUCCUGAAACUCCAUUGUUCAAAUGAAGGAAAAAGCGCCUCAGAUCAUGAUCACACUCCUACCACAAAAAGGCAGUUUUUUGGCAUUGAAAGAGUGGAGGCUUUUGAAGAAAAACCCUUGCAGAUGCCGACUGAUGGUUAUUGGACUGCACUCUGCACCAGUAAAUUAUUAUAAUUAUUAUGUUCUGCAAUACAAAAUACAGGAAACUUGCAAAAAAUUGCAAGAUUUUACUGCAAAAAAAAAUUCAAAAUUAAAAACUACUAAAUUAAUAGCAACAAUUAGUAACGAUAGUAUUACUAUAAACUGAAAUGAGGCAUCGAUAUCUGCUUAGUUUUUCGGUCUGGUUACGACAGUGUACAUCGGUGUCGCUGCCAUUAUGUUAGAGUGUGAAUAUACUUAUGCUUUAUACUUUUUUAGCUUGUUCUUUCCAAGCAUCGUUAACCUUUUGUGAUGUAAUAGGUCAACUAGAAAGGCCCAAUAGUAAGACUCACCAAUGGUAGAGUCAGCAAGUUUAACAGAAAGAUACAUAGACAGAUAGUUACACAGUGGAUGUUGUUAGAGUCCUCUGGUGUCAAACUGUAUGAACACACAUGCACACACUCACCCGGAGGCACUACGCAAAGAUUGCGUGGAAGCUGUGGACUUGUCACAGAGUGUGUUGACAAGAAGAAGCAGUGGGCUGGUGUUGUUGUGGCUGUGACGUCAAUUGAGGCUACAAUGAAAGACAACGUGAGGUUAAAAGCGGUGUGGAGACUUGUGGUUUGCUGCAGUGACCGGUCCACACCAGUCAGACGGGCAUCAAGAUGCUGCUUUUGAACUUCGCAUCCACCGUGCUCUUGGUGCAGGUGGCAGUAGUUGAAGGCAGCAAAUGGGGGUACACCAGUGCAGAUGGACCAACUCAAUGGUCCAAGAGCUUUUAUUACUGUGGUGGACUUGGGCAGUCACCUGUAGACUUCAGUCAUAAGAAGCUGGUGUAUGAUCCUAUUUUACCACCAAUUAGGGUUCACAACUAUAACCAGACGGGUAAAGGGAAGCUUGUUAUGGAAAAUACCGGAAGAUCACUAAAGAUAUCACUUCCCUCAAAAAUGAACUUCACCCUCACUCAAAGCUACUCUGCAGCUCAGCUCCAUGUGCACUGGGGCUCAGAGGCCAAGCCUUUUGGCUCCGAGCACACGGUCAACGGCACACAGUAUGCUGCAGAGUUGCACAUUGUACACUACAAUUCAGACAUGUACUCCAAUUUUACCAUGGCUUUUGACAAAUCCAACGGUCUGGCUGUGCUGGGCGUUUUCAUUCAGAUUGGUGCCUUCAAUCCAACCUAUGACAAAUUUAUUAAGCACCUCAGUAAAAUCAAAAACAAAGAUACACAAACAAAGAUCGAUGCUUUCAACAUCAGACAGCUCCUGCCUAGUAAUCUGAAUGACUAUUACCGCUAUGACGGCUCACUGACAGUUCCUCCAUGCUACCCAAGUGUACUGUGGACUGUGUUCAAGAACCAUGUGACCAUCUCAAAGGCUCAGUACAAAACCCUGACAACAGCUCUCCUUGCCACCGGAGCCACGGAAACAAACGCUGUUCCUCUUACAGGCAACUUUAGGACUCCUGUCCCCUUGGAACACCGAGUUGUCCUGACGUCAUUUAAGAGUGGAGUGCCACGCACUAAGUUUCCUUUGUGUCGCCUGGCGAGGAGGGAAAUUGUACGGAAGAUGCUGACCUUUGAGGUGGAAGAGCUACUUGAAAUUCAGCAUCUCCUGCCUAAUUCUACCAGGAAGCUCCUUCAACAACAUAUUGCAGCAAAUUCAAAGGCACAGGAAAAGGGACAAGUGACAUCCAGUAAGAUUCAAGAUCUUGCAAAGCCAGCAUUGGCCUUUGGCUCGUUGCUGGUUGAAAAGACCAACGAAGCCAAACAGUCCACUAUUCCACUGGAUGUGCCUACCGCUCUCGCCAAGGAGCUCUUACCUCAACUUAACCUGAGGAGCUACCUGUCCUGUAAGGCACAACUUGCAAUUCAAACCAUCAAAUAUCUCCUCACUGGAGGGCCCAUUGAUGAAGACAGGCGGCCAAUGAUUGACCCAGCUGUUAGUGGUGGUUCUAAUCUGUAUUCUUGGCUUUUCCCAGCGGAUUCCUCACGUCGCUGAGGCGUCUAUGUCACAUUCUGUCGCACAACCUUGUGUGCGUUGCAUACUAAAGGAAAUCUUUACUGGGUCUCUGCAUAUCAUAUUCUCUUCAACUUUCCAGUUCCUGCAAAUGUAAUCAAAGUUAAAUCUCAUUUUUCGCACAUAUUCAUAAUAUGCUUUGGUGAUCAUGUGCAAGUACCCACUGAAUAAUUAUUCAUUAAUGCUGAUCUGUAAUUAGUAAUGUUUAUUUGUGCCAUGAAAUUAAGCAAAAUGAGAUCUGCAAUGAAAUGGGAUUUGGGUUCUUCACUACCUUGCUAUUUCCUUUACCUUAAAAUAAA